UCAUAAAUAAAAAAGAAGAAUGAAUACAUUAUAAAGAGGUUAUGUUUUGUAAUAGCACAUGAAUGUUUUUUAAUUAUUUUGCGUGAAAAUGACUGAAGAAACGGACAUAAAACCAUUGCAGUUUCAUGAAAUGGAAUUGGAUGAUCGUAUAUUGAAAGCUAUAGCAAAGUUAGGAUGGCAACAACCCACAGUGAUUCAAGAAAAAGUUAUUCCGUUAGUGUUAGAAGGAAAAGAUGUAUUGGUACGAGCUAGAACGGGAUCGGGUAAAACAGCAGCUUUUCUUUUACCUGUGAUCCAAAAAAUUUUAAUUCUCAAACAAUCGGCUUUACAACAAGAAACUAAAGCCCUGAUAUUAGCACCAAGUAGAGAACUAUGUCAUCAAAUAUGUGGAGUGAUUAAGGAUUUAACUAUAAAAUGUUCCAGAGAAAUAAGAUAUGUAGAUAUAUCUUUACCAGUGGAUUUAAGUGUGCAAAAACCUUUGUUGGUCGAAAAACCUGAUAUAGUUGUAGGAACCCCUGGUCGAACUUUACAACACAUCAAGGCAGAAAACUUAAAUUUCAAAAAAUCGUUAGAUUUCGUUGUGAUCGACGAAGCAGAUUUAGUGUUUUCCUUUGGUUAUGAAGAAGAAAUGAAAGAACUAAUUCAUCAUUUCCCAAAAAUCUAUCAAGCUAUUUUAGCAUCUGCAACUUUAAGUGAAGACGUUAAAAACCUAAAAAUGUCCAUUCUUCGCAAUCCAGUGUCAGUUAAGCUCGAAGAACCCGAACUGGCCCCAUCAACUCAAUUAACACAUUAUCAUUUGAACGCCGAAGAAAUGGACAAAGCUACUAUACUUUACACUUUAUUGAAAUUGCACUUAAUUCGAGGAAAAACUAUAAUUUUUGUUAACACAGUUGAUAAAUGUUAUAAAAUCAAACUUUUCUUGGAACAAUUUGGGAUAAGGACGUGCGUUUUGAAUUCUGAAUUACCAGCUACAAUUCGUUGUCAUUCCGUGAACCAAUACAAUCAAGGGAUGUACGACAUAAUUAUAGCUUCAGAUGAAUACGCUUUAGAGAAACCUUCAUCGUUAAGUAACCAAGAUAAAAAUAAAAAAACGAAGAGGAGGAAAGAUAAGGAGAGCGGGGUUUCCCGUGGAAUAGAUUUUCAGCACGUAGCGAACAUUAUAAAUUUCGAUUUUCCCUUGGACGUCCAGUCGUAUAUUCACAGGGCCGGUAGAACUGCUAGAGGGAACAGUCAAGGUAGCGUGUUGUCUUUUGUGAGCAUGAAAGAAAUCCCUUUGAGGGAAAAAGUGGAAAAGAAAUUGAAGAACGACGAAAGCGAGUCUUCAUUUUUCAAAUCGUACCAAUUCAAAUUGGAGGAAGUGGAGUCUUUUAGGUAUAGAGCCAAAGAUGCUUGGAGGGCCGUUACUAGAAUCGCAGUAAGGGAAGCUAGAUUGAAAGAAAUCAAACAGGAAAUAUUCAAUUGUCAGAAAUUGAAAAGUUAUUUCGAAGAUAAUCCAAACGAUCUGCAGGUGUUGAGGCAUGAUAAGUGUUUACAUACCGUUAAAAUUCAGCAACAUUUGGCAGAUGUUCCGGAGUACAUAGUCCCGCCGACGUUGAAAAGUUUAGCGAAUAUCACAAAGAAAGGGAAAAAGCGGGAAUGGAGGAAAAUGUCCGAAAGCUCCAACUCAAAGUUCCAGAUGAAGAAAUCUAAUCCGUUGUUGAGUAUGCAGUUCGAAGGUUUUAAUAAAAAGAAAAAGAAAAAUUAAUAAAGACCUUCGUUUAAUUUUGUUUUUAUUUCACUGUAUUCCUAAUAUAUUUAAUACAAACAACCCCUUAAAGUGUUUUUUGGGUACAGAAAAAAAUAAAACUGAAUUGUUUCGAA